AUGGAUGAGAAUGAUGUGGAUAUGUUGUUGGACGGAUAUGAACAUCUAAUUCACAGGAGUUCAGAGUUAGCUAACUGUGUUCAGUUGAGGCAGAACCCUCACAACGUGUUCAAGUGGCAUCACAGAGUUAAGCUUUUCCAAGGGAAUCCCACGAAACAGAUUUUGACAUACACGCAAGCUGUGAGGACAGUUGAUCCCAUCAGGGCUGUGGGGAAACCUCAUACUCUGUGGGUUGGGUUUGCCCGACUCAUUUUUGAUAAGGCUACCCAGCUUGAUGUGGAUGAUCUUGCUAGCAUUUGGUGUGAAUGGGCCGAGAUGGAACUCAGACACAACAAUUUCAAGGGCGCACUCCAACUCAUCCAACGUGCUACUUACUUGCCAUCUGCCGAGGUCCAGAAGAGAGUGACUGCUCAAGGAGUCGACCGGUACAAAUCUCUCAAGCUUUGGACAUUUUAUGCGGAUUUGGAGGAAAGCUUUGGGACCUUGGAGUCAACUUGUGCUGUUUACGUGAGAAUUAUUGAUCUAAGACUAGCUACUCCCCAAAUUAUCCUAAACUAUGCAAUGCUUUUACAAGAACACAGCUACUUUGAAGACUCGUUCAGAGUUUACGAAAGAGGUGUACAAAUAUUCAAGUACCCCCACGUGAAGGAUAUUUGGGUGGAAUAUCUGUCCAAAUUCGUUAAGAGAUAUGGAAAUUUAUGAGCAGGCUAUUAAUGGAUCAGGGCUCUCCGACAAGGAUUUAAAAGCCAUGUGUUUGGGAUAUGCUCGAGUUGAGAAGAAGCUUGGUGAGAUUGAUCGUGGGCGUGCAGUGUACAAGCAUGCAUCACAGUUUGCUGAUCCGAGAUGUGAUCAUGAGCACUUGUGGAACACGGGAGUGAGGAUACAUACCUGGAGAUGCUCCGGAUCAGAACAAGUGUUGGGGCAGGGCUCGGUAUAGCCAGAGCCUACCGGAACAACGAUGAAAUGGAUAGGAGGAUGACUAGCAAUGACAUUGACAGCAGUGGUAGAGGAGGAUCAGUGCAACAUCACCAAGAAGAUGAGGAGAUACAACAAGGUAAUGCAAUAUUUGGAGGAGGAUUGGAUUUGGUGCGGAAGAGAGACGAAAGAAGUGAUAUGCACGGAACGACAGUGCGUUGGAGAGAAUCAAACGAAUGAGGCGAUCCAUAGAUUCCGACCACAUCAACUAAGUUAUUCCAUUUUUUAUCCUAAGAGCUAGCUACCUAUAUAGUAUAUCAUCUAUGUAUAGUAUCUUACUUUUAUUAUGGCUGUGUCAUGUCUAGUUCAAUCCAUAAUUUUUCAU